AUGCCCGGCGCCCAAGAAUACUUCUCACACUUCUCCCCCACCUCCAUCAGCGCCACCCUCAGUAACGGCACUUCCAAACUCCUCACCAAGCUCCGCACCGAGCACGACAUCCACAUCCCCUCCCUCAACCCGCUGUACUACCUGGACCCGCGCACCAUCCGCGCCUACCUGUCCGAUCCGAAGGCGUUCCGCAACGCGCUGCGCCUAAUCGUCAUCGUGGCCGCGUAUCUGCUGAUGCGGCCGCAUCUGGAGACGUUGUUGAGGAAGGUCAGUGGGGCGCCGGAGAGGAGGGAGGAGGCGUUGAAGGCGAGGGUGAGGGAGUUAAGGGGACGGGAGGGGGAGGGGCGGAAGGACAAGUGA